ACUAAAGGUAUCUGUCAAUUACCUGUGACUCAAGGUGUGGAGUGCACGCACACACACUCUGGAAUACACUGUGUACAACAACAGCAGCGCCCAAACCUGCUAGGCGAGUCAGGUUCCCAUCCAUCUCCCUCCCUAAAUCACUGCCAGACUCUAACUACAGGAGGCCAUACGUGCUGGAGCAGGUGGCCUGCUACAAUCCGCAGGUGCAGUGCCAGGGAAGCUCAUCUGGAGUCAGGAUCAUUACAAUUCAGAGUAAAAUACUAACCUGAAACUGGAGGAAGAGCAUAGACACCUUAAAGGAAUGCUGCUCAGAAAUCUUGGAUUAAAGAAGAAUAAAGGGUGCUGCUGACAGACAGCCGGACAGAAGGAUCAAGGAUCACAGGCAACAUGUCUUUAAGCGUCAACCUUAAGAAAGUGUCCAACCUCCCUGGGAAGUACGAGCGACGCGUCGAGCUCACCUUCAGAGGCUUUACUCACAAGACUAAGAAAGUACACGCUGUCCAUGAAAUCGUCUUUAAUGAGCUUUUCACGUGGCCUCACUAUGGGAAACUUAUCAGGGAAGAAAUGCUGUCAAUCAAAGUCUACAACUGCACCAAAGUCUUCAGCCCCAGACUCCUUGGUAAGCUGGUUAUCAGCCUCCAACACCUGAUGACAACUGGCCGUCUGGUUCUCACAGAGGCACUGGUGGAUAAAAACAACACAUUAACAGAGGUCUUUGUUGAGUUGGAGAUCCGAUACCAACCACCCGAUGGCUCUACAGGAACAUGGGUAGAAGAUGACUUUCUUAAUGAAAUGGAUGACAGGUCACCGUUACUUGACAGAAAUGAUGGGAUGUUUUUGUAUGACAUUGAAGGAAUGAGACGUGCAGAUGAACUGGAUAAAGAAGCUAGACUGCUAGGACAAAGGCUUGUGAAGGGCAUAGGGCAUGACGGCGAGGAAGAUGAUGAUGAAGAUUUUGAUGUUUCAGAUAUUGACUUUCCGAACAUCAACUUUACCCCAAUAAAAAGCCGGUGCCGAUUUUUGUCCAAAAAUGAUUUGAUUGCUAUUCCAAGGCCACAACAUUUCCAGAUUAGAGUUAAGAUUGCAGAAGCCCAGAAGUUGGUAGGGGUGAACAUUGACCCCUGUGUGUAUGUCAAGGUAGGAGAAGAAAAGAAACACUCAUCUACUCAAAAGUCAACCAACUGUCCGUUCUUCAAUGAGGAUUUUAUGUUUGAAUUCAAUGAACCUCAGGAAAUUCUUUUUGACAAGAUCAUUCAGAUUUCGGUUGUGCAUGUUGGGAAAAUUCCUUUCACAAACACUCUAAUUGGCAUGUUCAAAAUAGACACUGGUACUGUUUACAGCCAACCAGAUCACAUGUUCUUUCAGAAAUGGGCUGUCCUUACUGAUCCCAAAGAUACAAGAGGUGGAAUAAAAGGUUACGUCAAAGCAACAAUAAGUGUGGUAGGAAAAGGUGAUACCAUAGGACCUCCAUCUACCUCAUCAAACAGCCAAAAUGAAGAUAUUGAAAGGAAUUUGCUGCUCCCAAAACAGGUUCCAGCGGAGAGACCCUGGGCAAGGUUCACAGUCAAAAUUUACAAGGGAGAGGGUCUGCCUACUAUGAGCUCUGGUAUCAUGGGCAGUUUUGCUAAAAUCAUAGGGGAUAAGAAAAUUUUCAUUGAUCCUUACAUUCAAGUGAGCUUUGCAGGACAACAGGGUGAGACAUCAGUGGAAAGUAAUACAAUAUCACCACUGUGGAAUGAACAGAUUACAUUUGUUGAGAUGUUUCCACCUCUCGCUGGAAGGAUAAAACUUCAGGUUCUAGACGAUGCAAACAUCGGUGAUGUGGCACUGGCGACUCAUUUCAUCGAACUUCAGCAAAUAUCUGAUUCUAGCAGAGUUGCUGGCUUUAAUCCUACCUUUGGCCCAUCUUGGAUCAACCUCUAUGGCUCAGCGCAGAACUCUGUACUCAGGGAUGGGAAUAGGAACCUCAACGAAGGCCUCGGUGAAGGUAUAUUUUACCGUGGUCGCAUCCUCAUAUCGGUAACCAUUGAUGUAUACAGCAGUAUGUCUGCAGCCAAUAAACUUGCUGCCACUGGUGCUUCAAAGAAAACUGACGUGUUGAGUAGGCUUACAGUAAAGAGGAAAAGUAAAAAGUCAAAAGAAAAAGAGAAAGGCAAAGGCAAGGGUCAGGCACAGGCAAAAGGAGAGGAGCCUGACCCUAUGGAAAGCAUGGACCAACCUACUGCCAUGACUGUUGAAGUGGAGGAGACCCAUCCUCUCCCAGAGAAUUAUCUGGGAGUAAAGGAAGAAUUCCUUCUGUUUGGUGCUUUCUUUGAGGCUUCCUUGAUUGAUCCCAGCAUUGGUUCUAAGCCUGUAAUGUUUGAGGUCUCCAUAGGCAAUUAUGGAAAAAUGGAGGAAGUACUUAUAAAAAGUAGCAAGAAAGCUACCAGAGUGGUAGAGAGUGAAGAACAACAACUGUUAUUAGACACUGGUUCGGAAGAUGAACUUGAAACUGAAGACAUGUCAACAGUGAUUUCAACAUCAAAGACCAAAUCCCUGACUCUACCUAGAAAACCGGAACCCACUGAAUAUGAAAGGUCCUACAGUUGUAUUACAAUGCUGUAUGAAAAGCCAUGUGUUUAUGUGCCAGGUUAUUGGGAAGAUCACACGUGGAGAUUAUUCAAUUCCAACUGGCUUGUUAAAAUAUGUGACAGACUGGAAUUGGGCCUUAAUGAUGUUGAAAAACAGAUGAGAAGGCCUAAAUCAAAGCCCGAAGAGAAGCUGAAAUGUAUCAUAGAAGAAUUUAUAGCAGGUUGCAGGCAGUAUUUAAUAAAUGCUGAAAAGAAAACCAUGCCACGUCCAAACAACCUGGAUAGAUGCCGUAUGAAAUUUCUGAAGCAUAGUGUUUUGCUUCAGACAAAGAGAGCAAUAAAAGCUUGGAGAAGACUAAACAGGCACACUGUCAAAGACAAGCUUAAUGACCUGAAAAAGAUCCUUAAAAGAUUAAGAUUUCUUGCCAAGGAGCCUCAGUGCACUUUGCCUGAUGUGUUCAUCUGGAUGCUGUGCAAUAAUAAACGGAUUGCAUAUGCUCGUCUCCCUUCUCAGAACAUCUUGUACUCUGUAGUAGAGGAAGAGAAAGGAAAAGACUGCGGAAAAAUCCAGACAGUUUACUUAAAGGCCCCAGGAUCAAGUGUUGGAGAGAUCUUUGCUAAAUUAGAAAUGUAUCUGUGGCUCGGUGUGGUCAGGUAUGCUAAGAACAGCAUCAGUAGCCUUCCAGAAGAGUUCCGACCCAUCUAUGAAGAAGCUACAAGAACUGUUGAUAUUCCUGCAGGCUUGCCACCUUGUAAACUUGAGAGUCAAGAUAUGAGUUACUUCCAGCUCCGAGCUCACAUGUACCAGGCCCGUGGAGUCUUGCCUGCUGAUGACAAUGGACUGUCUGAUCCUUUUGCCAGAGUCGUAUUUGCAACACAGUGCCUGCACACUAGGAUACUAGAAGAGACCUUGUCUCCUACCUGGACUGAAACCCUUCUUAUGGACCAGAUUGUGAUAGAGGCAAGCAAACUAGAUCUACAGAAUGACCCACCAGUUAUUAUCAUCAACAUCUUUGACUACGACAAAAUUGGUGCACCAGAAUUCAUUGGUCGAUCCUUUGCUUUUCCAAGUGUUAAACUACUGAAUGACCCAUAUGUCAAGCCAUCACUGCAGUUUUUUGACAUCUAUAGAGGCCGAAUGUCAGCUGGGGAGCUUAUUGCUGCCUUUGAGCUUUUAGAACUUGACUACAGUGGCUACUUAGAGCCUCUCUUGCCUGAUGAUGUUGAACCAAAACAACUCGAGCAUGUGAAGGAUGAAGAAACACUUCAGAGUUAUUACAUUAUUCCUGAAGGGAUUCGACCAGUGCUGAAGGAAUUCAGAAUUGAGGUUUUGUUCUGGGGCCUGAGAGAUCUGAAACGUGUAAGCCUGUUUGAAGUGGAACAGCCUCAAGUCGUGAUUGAAUGUGCUGGCCAAAAGGUGGAAUCAGAAGUUAUACCAAAUUACAAAGAGAAUCCAAAUUUUGAUGUGAUUGUUAAAUUCUUCAUUGUGAACUUGCCUGAACUAGUAUACUUACACCCUCCUCUCAGUAUCUAUGUUAAAGAACGUCGGGCCUUUGGACGAACUGUACUUGUGGGAAGUCAUAUCGUCACCAAUAUUAUGAAGUUCUCAAAGGAAGAGAUGGAUAACGACAAGGAUGAGCCUGAGCCAACUUCAGAGCCAAAGAGAAAUACAGAUGGACCCAGUUCUUCUCAUACUGUGGUUAACAUGGAGGCAAUUGAAAGUGCGCCUGCAAGUAAGAAAACUGCACUGAACCACUUAAUGGAUCCUUUAAAGAAAGUGAAUGCUAAAAAACUCUUAAUCAUGACCAACGAAUUAGAAGAAUAUGAAGAAGAGAAACCAGAAAAAGAAGAACUGGACUGGUGGUCAAAAUAUUACGCCUCUCUGGAGGAAAUUGAAGAUCAGGCCAAGCCAGAGGAUGAGGACGAGGAUGAACCACAAGAAACAGAUGUUGGACAUAUAAAUCAAGCUUUAGAUCUAGAAGGUGAUGCGGACCCAAACUUAUCCCAAGAGGUUGUACAAGUGAACAAAAAAAACUCCUUAGCAACACUAAAGAUCUAUAGGUCAGAACUGGAGAAGCAGUUUGAUGAGUUUGAAGACUGGUUGUACACGUUCCCCUUGUACCGUGGGAAAGCCAUAGAUGAUGAAGAUGGCGAUGAUGAUAACCGCUAUAUGGGGAAAUACAAGGGAUCUUUCCAUGUUUAUCUAGCCAGUGAAGCCACAGAUGAUUACAGAAUCUUGCAAAGUAUCCCUCGAAACAGACCACUGAAGGUGCUGGUGAGAGUGUAUGUAAUUAAGGCAACUAAUCUGACCCCAGCCGACCCUAAUGGGAAAGCAGAUCCUUAUAUUGUGGUGAAAAUAGGAGAACAGCACCAGGACAGUAAGGAUCGCUACAUUCCAAAGCAGUUGAACCCUGUAUUUGGAGAGGUUUUUGAGAUGACCAUCUCAUUUCCACUGGAGACAGAAUUGAUGAUUUCAAUAUACGACCAUGAUAUGGUUGGAUCUGAUGACCUUAUUGGAGAAACAAAGAUUGAUCUGGAAAACAGAUACUACAGCGCACACAGAGCAAAUUGUGGCAUAGCAAAAGAGUAUGACAUAGAUGGUUAUAAUGCUUGGCGAGAUGCAUUCAAACCUACCCAAAUCCUAGCAAACUUAUGUAAGAAGCAUGACAUCCCUCUUCCUGAAUACAGACGAGAUGAAGUGAAAGUUAAGAAUACAGUCUUCAAAAUACCAAAUGAAGUAUUUCAAGAAGAAAAUGUAAAAAAGAAACGUGACCAAGAAGAAGAUGAUACAAAUAAAUCAUCCUAUGAUGAGCAGAAAGCUCUGUAUGUUCUGCAACACUGGAAAGACAUGCCAGAACAUGGCUGCAUCCUGGUUCCUGAACACGUAGAGGAAAGGUCACUCUUCAUCCAAGAUAACCCUGGACUAUCACAGGGUUCUGUCCACAUGUGGAUUGAUAUGUUCCCUAAUGACGUACCUGCACCAGCUCCAGUCAACAUAAAGCCACGGCUGCCUAUAAGCUAUGAGCUGCGUUUGACCAUAUGGAAUACCGAUGAUGUCAUUCUUGAUGAUGUCAACCCUAUCACAGGCGAGAGAUCCAGUGACAUCUAUGUUAAAGGCUGGAUCAAAGGACUGGACGACGAAAAGCAAGAGACUGACGUGCAUUUCAACUCCUUAACUGGAGAGGGAAAUUUCAACUGGAGGUUCAUCUUCCGAUUUGAUUAUUUGCCUACAGAAAAGGAAAUUACAUUCAAAAAGAAGGACUCCUUCUUCUCUUUAGAAGAGUCUGAAUUCCGUCAGCCAGCAGUGCUUAUUCUACAAGUUUGGGAUUAUGACAGGAUUUCAGCCAACGAUUUCCUAGGUACCAUAGAGCUAAAGUUAAACAAUAUGAUUCGGGGAGCCAAGUCAUCACCGCAGUGUACCAUUAAAAUGGCAAAAGAGAAGGCAGGGCCACGAUUCUCUAUCUUCAGGAGCAAACGCAUCCGAGGGUGGUGGCCUUUUAUUAAGCUGAAAAGUGAAGAAGAUGAAGAAAGAGAAGAGAAUGAGGCAAAGGAGAAAAAGAAGAAGAAGAAAAAGAAGAAGAAAAGCUCAAUGAAGCAUGAAGAUGUAGAAUUUACAGAUUCAGGAGGCAAUGUUUUUAUACUGGCGGGUAAGGUUGAGGCAGAAUUCCAACUUCUUACAGUUGAAGAAGCUGAGAAAAGUCCUGUUGGUCUGGGACGUAAAGAACCUGAGCCACUAGAAAAGCCAAACCGGCCAACAACUUCAUUCAACUGGUUCAUGAAUCCCAUGAAAACGUGUGUGUUCUUCAUCUGGAAACGGUACAAGAAGUUCAUCAUUGCCUUUCUCAUUUUGGUUAUUUUGGCACUAUUCCUGUCUCUCAUCAUCUAUACCAUGCCUGGUUAUAUCAGCCAAAAGAUCAUUAGUGGCUGAAGGGUUCCAUUGUCGUGGGCAGUGGAAUUAGACACAAACUAUAAGUGAAAGCAAUAAGGAAAAACAUGCACUUUAGUAUGAACUUUGGUGCAAUUGCCAAACUAUUUAAGAAGCUGUUACUCAUCAGAAUAGUUAAAACAACUUAAAAAUUAUUUUAAGUAGGUAAAUUCAUCAGAUCUGCAGUAUGAGGUGAAUUUUCCAUUCUGCACUUUCAAACUAGGUUUCUGAUUGUUGUAUUUUCUAAUACAGGCCAAGGGAAAACUGCACAUUUCUGGUGUGUCAUAUAUUCCUGCUGCUAUUUGUUUGCAGUGUACUUUACAUUUAAAUUCAGUGUUUCGGACCCUGUGCUGCCAAAAUAAAAUAAUGAAAUGAAAUGAGAAGUAUUUUUAAUAUUACUUGUACAUAAGCAGUGCUAUUACUUUAGUCCUGAAGUAGUUUCUUAGAAAACUAUUUUUAUAUUAACUUUUUGAGGCAAAACGAUCAUUUGUAAUUAUUUAAUUUCUAACCAAAGCAUCUUAUUUAAUGCAUUAUUUUGCACUGAUUAGAUUCUGCAUGAGAUGUGUCAAAAAGUCCUAAGCAGCAAUUCAUUUAACUGGUUAACUUGUACAGAUGAGAAAGACAUUUUUUCCAGUUAAAUGCAACUGAAAGUAAAAGCAAAUAUUGAAAGUUGCAGUUAUCGCUUUAUUGCUGUACUAAAACAGCAUUUCAUGUCAUGGUGAUAGUCAUUUACCUAGAAAUGUUUAGUCCAUUUUGAGAACUGUUUUCCCAAUCAUUGUAAACUAUUAUUUGUUUUUGCUCACGUUUGAUAAUUUAUUUUGUAAAGAUCUGCACAACUAGAGUAUCCUUAUAGGUGUGUCUAUUAACUGGUUUCCUUUACUUUUCUGUUUGUUGUGCAACACGUACAUUUUAAUGUAGUUCACAAUCCAUCUAAGCACUAGGCAUCACCUGUCAUUUUGAGGUACCAUUAGAUAUCCAGGCCACAUACACUGCAACCCCCCAAAAAGUAACAUGGUUGUUUUACAUAUUUUGGGCUUGAUGUUCUAGACUGUGCUUUUUGUGGGUAGGUCACAGAUACUGAUGAUAAAAGAAGCAAUCUCUACAUAUCUGGUAUAUCAUGGCCCAGAGACAGACUGCAUCUUGAUGGCGUUUUUGAUUACUGUUUGAAGGCACAGUGUCCAAUUAGAUACGGCAGUUCAGUUUGGUGUUUAAUUGUUUGAAGGCACAGUGUUCAAUCAGAUACGGCAGUUCAGUUUGGUAUUUAAUUGCUACUUUCCGUAUAUCAGAGAACUCCCAAAAUACUAAUAAAACCACUGGGCUGUGCUUCAUCAAGGUGUGCUUCUAAAUUAAAAAUUGUCACCAAAUAACUGAACUGAGAACAAAAACAUUGAAAUGGAUUGAUGGAACAAAUGGUAAAAACUCACUACUUUGCAUUGUCUGAGCAACCAGAUCCAAAGGCUGUGUGCUUCAGUCUUGCACUUUGUAUGUAUUUACCGGCAUAUCCUAUCCUCAGCAUACUAUGUCUGUCAUCUCCCAAAGGUUAUAGCAGUUAUGUUUUUUUAUGAUUUCAUCCCACAUCCUUUUAACACAUUUAAUCAUACCUCUGAACCUUUAAAUGCAUGAAAUCUGGACAAAGCUAAAAAUAAUGGGGGACAAAGGCCUACAACAGGUCAUUAGAAUAACAGGCUUUAUAUUAGCAAGUAUUUUCUGAAGGGUAUUAAGUAUAAAACUCAAACAUUUGCUGUUAUUUAGGGACUUCAGUCCUCAAUUAUUUACCAUAAAAACACAAAUUGUAUGAGGAAGAGACUGAAAACAUGAGACAAAAAUCUGGAUAUUCUGAAAAAAUCUGGACAAUUGAGAGGUACAUAUUUAAUCUCUGGACUGUAAUUGUAGAAAUGAAUUACUACUGCUAUUUAUGUACUAAAAGCCCAACUAAAACAAUAGGACUUUCAGUGAUUAUGGACAGACACUAUCAUUUUAGGGUCCGUAAUUAGAGGAACUUCUUGCUAAUACUCUGAAUAUUUGGUUUUCAUUCUUUUUUUAAUUUACCAGCUUCUAAGUGUUGCCUAGCUUUGUAUUCAGCCUCCAGAUGUACCAAAUGCCAACUCUGGAACUUAACCAUUCAGUUGUACAGUCAGCUAACAUCCAAAUAGAAUAAUAACAUUUACAACUGAACAUUCUGCCUUGCACUUGCACAGAGUUGAAGUAUUCAGUAAAUGGGUUAUAGGGGCACUUUCAGAAUGGAAGUUGUGGUAAAUGGUAUAGCCCCCUAUAAGCAGAAUGUUUACUCUCAGUAUCUGCUGUGGCUAAAUAGGGUGUUUGCCAUUUGGGAGCUGCUGCUUUGAUAUGAAUUUAGCAGUGGGAAUGCAUACCUCCAUGUGAAAAAUAACAGUCAACAAAUCAUAGUGUGCAAAGCAUAGCUGGCAGAUUUGCCUUUGCAUUGGAUGAUAUGGUAUGAGAAGACUGUAGCAUGAUUACCUAAUGCAUGAUGGAAAGCCCUUUCUUAUUUGCACCCAUAUCUACCUUCAGCUAAUCAACAGCAAUGUUACAACUACAGGGAAGGGAUGUGAGAGUUUCUGACUCUGCCUAGCUUGUUACAUAUUAUGUACAAAAAUGUAUUGUAUUGCAAUUCUUACUUUACUCUGUUUUGUCUCUUAAGUUGCAAAGAUUUCUGCAAUGGAGCAUGAAGCUAUCAUAUUGUAUAUGUUGUAUAUGAUAUCUUUAGAGUAAAAUCAACACUUGAGCACUGUUGAACAAAUGUUACCUUUACAUUAACAUGGUCAUCUUUACAAUAAAGUGAUUACAUGGUGAAUGCAAA